AUGAAUUUCUCAUCAAAAGAAAUCGAAAAACUUCAAGAAAUCAUCGAUAAAAUAAGAACCGAAAAUAAACUCCUGUUAAAAGAAAGAGAUGAAUGUGAUAAAACAGAUCUUAAUAAUCAACAAAUCAUCGAUAAAAAUAAAAACUUGAAAGAAAAAGACUUCGAAAACAAAAUAUUAGAACUAAGACAAGAAAUAGAUGGAGCAAAAAAAGUACUUUCGGGGUUUAGUAAAAGUAAUAACCUUGAAAAAGAAAAAACACGUAUAGAUGAAUCAGGUGGAGGAAGACACGAAGGAGGCGGAUGGAGACGUCCAAAUGUAAUUCAUCAUACCAAUGUUAUUUAUCAAACAACGAAAAAACAAGCAAACGAAAUGGAAGAACAAUUAAAAGAAUAUGAAAAACAUAAAAAAGAAGUAGAAGAUAAAAUUAACAAAAUUAUGAUAACUCAUCUCAACAUAAGUAGAAUUGAAAUCGAAAAAUUAACCACUGUUAGAAAAUUAGACACAAUCUUAAACUUCAUAAAACAAGAAGUAAAAGAAUAUUUAAGAUUACUUGGAAUCCCUUUUCAAACUGGUGAUAGUUUGAUUUCUAUACUUAAAAAAUUAGUAAAAGCCUGUGAAGAAAUUGGAAUAACUGGUCCUGUUCAAGAAAUGUUAUUAAGAUGUUUAAAAAUGUUAGAUCCUAAAACUCAAAUAAAUGAUUCUAAAUCUUUUGGAACCGAAUCUUUGAGCAUGGAUGCUUUAGUGAAAGCUUGCUUUGAAAACAGUAGAGAUAUUUUGAACAAAGAACGAUUUUUUGAAAAUAGACCUGAAAUUAGUUUUGUAAGAAAAUUAAUAAGAUGUCAUUACUAUUUGGUUAGAAAAAACAACCCAUUGAGUGUAAAAACAAUGGCUGAUAAUUUGUUUAAAAUAACUGAUCUAGAAAGUGAAAAAAUAUUUAACAGAAAAAUAUGGAAAAAUAUCAUUAAAAAGGAAUAUAACUCAUUUUCCAUUUUUAAUCCUCAAUAUAAUUAUAUUAAUAUAGUAGUAAAAGAACUAGGUUACUAUAGAUAG